AUUUCAGUGUAACAGUUUACAUGUAGACAAUAUAUGUAAGGACAAGGUCUCGUACAUGUUACACAAAAAAACGCAGAUCCAAAGUGGCAAGCUCCACACAACCUCUGAGAGUUAGUAAAGUUUUUUGUCAAUCCCUGAGAAGUUUUGUCCUCAUGUUUUGUCCAGUCUACUAAUAUGAGCACAAGUGGGAACAGUGGUUUGGAUCUUCAUAACUUCAGUAAAAGCCUCUCCAUGAGAGGUCGCCAUUUAGCUAAAAGAUAUAGGAUCACCCUUUACUGGGGUAAAAAUGUGGCCUUAUCUGGAUGUCUCGCAUCAUUUUAUAUGUUACAAAACCUAUCUAAAGAAAUAACCUUGUGAUUAAUUCUAAAUAAGGUCAUGUUUCACUGGCUAUGUGCUUCAACCUAAAAACACAGACAAUAAGAUUUAAACUACUUCUAAUAAAUGAUAAUAAAUAGGCAAGUUGUGAUAUUUUAGCAAAUAUUAAGUGACCGUCUACAAGAGAAAAGGAAAAAGGUCCAGUGCGUAUUGUAAUAAUCUACUGUUAUGAUUCUUAAUAGAGAUUUGUUGUUACCAGUAGACUUCUUUUACUUUCAGGUUAGCACAUUGAGAGGAAGUUCCUCUUGAGAAGGUGCGUGUGCAUGUGUCUCUGCUAGCAUCCUGUUGAGCCCUGAUGUGGUUAGCAUGUUUUAAACCAACUAUGUCAAUGUUUUAAAAAAGGUCAGAGAAAGACAAACUCUGGUGAGAUUGAACAGGAUUAUAUUUGUAAAACAAAGAAAAACAUGCUGGAGAAGAUGCAGACUUGUCGUGUGCUAUUACGUGUUUUUGUUACUCUUCUUAUGUGUGACUUUGGGAUGUUCUUCACAUCAUCAUCAUUAUUGCCUUCAGAGUCACCACCCCAGGAUCACACAUUCAACAUUUUCACCCCUAGUGUCAACAUCACAACAACUAAAUUAACCACACCCAGAACUGAACGCACAACUGGACUAAAAACAACUAAUGAUAACACAACUGAACUUAACACGGCUGAUAAUACCACAAUUGACCUAUAUGUUACAAAGAAUAAAGCCUUUCCAUACAGCAAUGCAACCUCUUCAACAACUAAACCCAUGGGAAAGACCAAUACGAUCAAAGACAGUUCAGACAGUGCUGGAUAUACAUUAGCUGUCAUUUUUCUGAUCAUAAUCGUGAUCCUCAUCAUUCUUCUUCUUGGCAUUUUGUAUUUCUUGAGGAAGAAAGGAAGGAGUUAUUCAUUUGACCUGACUCACACCAGUGCCAAUGAACACGUUGAGCCGUUCAUGGACCUCGAUCAACAAGGCGUAAGCUAUGAACACAAGGACAAAGAUUUGUCUGUGAGUCUGGACUUUACGCAGGACGACAAAUCUAAUGAAAAGUCCAGCCCGAUUGCCAACGGUUGCACUGGAGAGAAAACUGAACAAACAACUGAUUCGGGAAACGAAGAGCAGAAUCUUCCAGAAGAGAACAGUUUCCCCUCGAGCCCCAGUCUGACUCCACCGAUGAAGAAAGUUGAGUUUAAUCUGGAUCUUGAUGACUUCAUGAGUGGAGAAUCUGACGUGAUCAGUCCGAUUUCAGAGGACUCUUGUGAUGCGGCGCAUAAUGAAAACAACAACAACAUCUCUGAUUCUGGAUGGGGAACAGCAGGAGAGAUCUUCACUGAAAUUAAUCUAGAUGAGCCAAAAGAACAACCAUAGUGUGCGUUUCCCAAGCAGAAGUCAAGCUCUGGUUUACAGACCUACAGUCACUUAGGAGAUGCACUGUUAAGAAAUGCAGCUUUUUUGUCAAAACAACAUAUACACUCACCUAAAGGAUUAUUAGGAACACCAUACUAGUACUGUGUUUGACCCCCAUUGAUUCAACAAGGUGCUGAAAGCAUUCUUUAGAAAUGUUGGCCCAUAUUGAUAGGAUAGCAUCUUGCAAUUGAUGGAGAUUUGUAGCUCCCGUUCCCCCACAUCCCAAAGAUCCUCUAUUGGGUUAAGAUCUGGUGACUGUGGGGCCAUUUUAGUACAGUGAACUCAUUGUCAUGUUCAAGAAACCAAUUUGAAAUGAUUCGAGCUUUGUGACAUGGUGCAUUAUCCUGCUGGAAGUAACCAUCAGAGGAUGGGUACAUGGUGGUCAUAAAGGGAUGAACAUGGUCAGAAACAAUGCUUAGGUAGGUCGUGGCAUUUAAACGAUGCCCAAUUGGCACUAAGGGGCCUAACGUUUGCCAAGAAAACAUCCCCCACACCAUUACACCAUUACAAUAAUGAGAAAUUGAAUAGGUGUUCCUAAUAAUCCUUUAGAUGAGUGUAUUUUUAUGUUACUUUAACAAUUUUAACUUGUUUUUAUAAGGUAUAUCAACUUAUAACAGGUUAAAACUUAAAAUAGUAAGUUGAAUUGACUUGCAAAACCAAGUUGUUUAACAUUCUGCAUUUUUUACAGUCACUGUAGUUGUUAUCGCUUAGUUGUUAUAACUUAGUAUAACUAAAUAUAGUUGAAAAAAAGUCAAACUUCAUUAUAUAAGUUGUAGAAACUUAUCUCUUAAGUAAUAAUAAUACAUGACUAGGUUGAUUCAACAAAAAAUUUAAGUCAGCAAAGAUUUUUUACAGUGUGUGCAUACGCUUGUUGACAUUAUGAAUGACUUUAUUGUUUUCACAGUUUAAUAUGAAACAAUAACUAUAAUUUAUACAUCACAUUUCUUGGAAAGUGAAACAUUGCAACAACAGUGUUUGCCAUAUUUGUUUGCGCGUCUGACCAGCCCAGUUUCACAUUUCUGUUUUAAUUAACUAUAAAAUACAGAUUGUAUAUUGUACAUAACAAGGGGAUAAUUAUGGUUUUUAUGAUCUUCAUAAAAAACAAUUUGUUAAUAUCAAAAACGAUAAUGAAACAUGACUUUAAUGUGAAGCAUAAUGACUAACUAAUGGAUAAACAGGUGGGUAUAUUUCACAAGUAGUUACUACAGUACAGGAGUGCGGGCCACAAACUAACGCUUUUUGGCUUUGGCUCUAACAAGUUAGAUUAAUACUUGUUUUUACACAAUCAACACACACAUCUCUGCUACAAAUGAACACUUAAAGUUUGUUUGUUUGUUUGACCACCUGUUAUCGUACAGUUACGCCAAAAGUGACAGGAGUACAAACAUAAACAUAAUAAAGGUGUGAAAAAUUGUGUCUGGGUCUAUGUUGUAAUAAUCUAUUGUGUCUGUUUCAUGAUGCUUUGAUCUUUAAAAAUCCACUCCUGAAAUGAGAUUGACAUUAUAAUGUAUGUCUAAAAAUAACUGAGGGAACUUCCCUUUCAGAAGGGACGCGCUGAAGAAAAGUUUCCAGACAAAAGCAUUUUUAAAUUAAAACAACGAUGAUGACAGGACUUGUGGUUUUAGAAAGAUUUGAAAGAAACAGACACUAUCAUGUUUUCUAUCUCAGUAUGUUUAAAAGAUGUGAUUGCGUAAACAGCUCUCUCUGUUGGUGACAAUGUGUGUUGUUAAUACAAUGCCUCAUGAACAUCAGCCCACCUAAACCUGAGCAUCAUUUCUCAACAUUCAGUGAAUCAUGCACACCUUUAUCUAUCUACUGUACAUGAGGACACUAUACAUUUCUGCUUUUAUAUAAAGUGAAUGGUAAAUAUAACAGACCAACCUAAACCCUACAAGUUUAUUUUUUAAAGCAUGGUUAGAAUUUUCUGUUUUUUUUUCUAUCUUAUUGGUUUCUUGUUUGAUCAUUUCCCUCUGUGUCACAAUUAAUCAUAUUCAGUACAUUUGCUCCCAGUAGGUAAAACAUAUUUAAAUAGGUUAUUUUAACUUGCAAAACUCUAAGGCAGUUUUGAGACAACCAUGUGAAAAUUAUACUUGAUCUCAUAACUGUUGUGAAUUAACUUUAGUCAAAUGAGGGACAUUUGGGACAGUCCCUGUUU